AGCUAGUCUAGUCUAUGUAGCAGUCACAGCUCGAGACGAGGUCCUGAUUGUCAUUGGCUGCUCGGAACGAACCAAGCACAGUCACAGAGUUAGUUGUUAGUUGUGACCUGGCGGGAUUCCACGUGUUGAUGAAAACUAAUCAUAACUCUGCAAGCUAAUUACUAGCUAGUUCAACGGUUCGAAUCGCCGUCAUCGCACCAGUGCGCCAUGUCAUAGCAUUUAUCAAUUGUCCAACCACCUCGCUCUUUUUGAAAUCUUUUUCACUGGUUGAUGAUACAAGUGGAGCCAUGAAUGAAUGAAGAGCACUUGGUUCUUGCAGUGACGGUUGGUCCCACAACAACAAACAUAGACAGAAAGAGUAGCUUUUAUAGUUGACGAUGAAGACCGUAGUUGAGCCUCCAAUGAUUGACGCAGUGUGUGUUGGUGUGAGCAACAGUUCAUGUAGCUCCAAGAAGAGGGCGUUCUCCGAAGCAUUGGUUCCCAUGUCCAGUACUACUGCUAUUAAUAGUACUAUAUGUAGUAGUGCCGUCGAGGAGGACUAUGCUACUGUUGUGAAUUUGAAGAAGAAGAAGAAGAUCAAGGGGAGUGUCUCUCCUACUACUAGUAGUACAUGUACGACAUCGGUAGAAGAAGAACUUGCCACCAAUGACAAUCAAGACAAAGACAACCAAACCGGCUUGACCUUUGAGUCAGGAGCACUACACGUGGAUUCGCGCAAUCGAUUACACCGAGAACGACCUACUCGCAUUCUGGCCAUUCGAACAGCUCUGGAAAAUGCGCCCAACAAUCUGUGGGCCAGAUGUCAACUGUUGGAUGACUCCAAUGAUACUACUACAGGUACUACUAGCCAGGCCGUGGAUUUCUUGAAUGACGAGGAUUACUUGCGCGUCCAUUUGCCAGGAUACAUGAAACGUUUGAAUCGCAUUUUCGACAAGAAUUGCCACUGCUGUACGCAAGACCGUUUGGACGACGAAGCCGCACAGUACGAAUCCAUUUACUUUACCAACGAUUCCCUCCAAGAAGCCAAAAAGGCAGCCACAUCACUGUGUAUGUUAGUCCAACAAGUCACAUCCGACAAUCUCCACAAUGGAUUUGCCAUUAUUCGUCCUCCGGGACAUCACGCAACACCCUACCAAGCCGGAGGCUACUGUAUACUCAACAAUGUCGCUGUGGCUACGGCAUUUGCACAAGCCAAGUGCGCCGCAAAACGAAUCUUGAUUAUCGAUUGGGAUGUCCAUCAUGGAAAUGGCACUCAAUCCAUUUUUGAAAGUGAUCCCACAGUCUUGUACAUUUCCGUCCAUCGCAUGUUUUAUCCAUAUGGCGGUGGCAGUAGUCCAACUUGCGUCGGAAAAGGACAAGGACGCGGUAGAAAUGUCAAUAUCGGAUGGACUACCAAAUGUAUGGGGGAUGACGAAUAUCUGGCGGUGUGGGAACGACUGGUAUUACCCAUGGCAAGAGAAUUUCAACCACAACUCAUUCUAAUAUCGGCCGGAUUUGAUGCCGCUCAAGGGGAUGUAGGAGAAUGCUGUGUCACACCGGAAUGUUACGGUCGCUUGACACAGUCUCUCAUGACUUUGAAGGUCCCCAUUGUGGCGGCUUUGGAAGGAGGAUAUGUACGGAGUGUAUUGGGGAAGUGUGUGACACAAGUUGUCACGGCAUUGUUGGAUCGGGACAGUCCACAGAAAAGUAUACAACAAGAUGAGCGUGAUCGAAUUGAACGGGGAAAAGAUGUGGAUAUCCUGGAUUCUAUUUCCCCCGUGGCGGCCAAGAACAUUCGAGCCACCAUCCAGGCACACGAACCAUUCUGGGAGUGUCUCCGGAAAUAA